GAUACAUUUGCUGAUUACUUCUUCAGAGUCACCAAUAGUGAGGACAAGGUUGAGCUCAAGGAGAAGCUCAAGCGUGUCUGUGAGAAGUCAAUGAUCAGAAAGAGACACUUCUUCCUGAAUGAAGAGAAGCUGAAGGAGCACCCCAAUCUGUGUUCCUUCAUGGAUCACCCAUCACUGAACACCAGGCAUGACAUUAUGGUUGAAGAGGUGCCAAAACUUGGAGAGAAGGCAGUCAUCAAAGCUCUGGAGGAAUGGGGACGUCCACGUUCUGAAAUCACUCACAUCAUCUUCUGCAGCACCGGCGGUGUCGACAUGCCCGGCGCCGACUACAAGAUCAUCAAGCUCCUCGGCCUCUCUCCAUCCACCAAACGUGUCAUGCUCUACAGCCAAGGUUGUUUUGCUGGCGGCACUGUGCUACGUAUAGCCAAAGACCUGGCCGAGAACAACGAGAACUCUCGUGUGCUUAUUGUAUGCUCAGAGUUGACAGCCAUCUUCUUCCGUGGCCCAAGUGAUGCCAAAGAAGACUUUAACAAUUUGGUUGGACAAGCCAUCUCCGGUGAUGGUGCUGCUGCAGUAGUGAUCGGAGCUAAUCCUAUUCCGGCAGUUGAGACUCCAUUCUUUGAAAUAGUGUCUACAGACCAAGUCAUUCUUCCUGACAGUGAUGGUUGCAUUGAGGGUCACUUGAGGGAAGUUGGACUCAUGUAUAAUUUAAAUAACCAAGUUCCUAACAUUAUUGGUAACAAUAUAGAGAAGAUUAUGGUCAAGGUGUUCUCGGCACUUGGCAUUUCGGAUUGGAACUCGUUGUUCUUUAUCACUCAUCCUGGAGGACGUGCCAUUCUGGAUAAGAUCCAAGAGAAGUUGGAGCUGAAGCAGGAGAAGAUGAGAGCUGUGUUGCAUGUGCUUGGGCAGUAUGGGAACAUGUCUAGCGCUAGUGUCUUCUUCGUCAUGGAUGAGAUGAGGAAGCAUUCGAUUGAGAACGGGCUCCACACGGCCGGUGAGGGGCUUGACUAUGGAGUGCUCCAUGCCAUGGGACCAGGGCUAACCGUGGAGACUGUUGUGCUUCAUGCGCCAUGUCUUCAUGGCUUCUCCAAUAUAUAUCAAAAUUAA